UAUUAAACUGCCGUCGUCGUAUUACAUUAUUAUCGUCGUCGCCGUCGUCGUCGACAUCGUAGUCAUCGUCGUCGUCGUCGUCAUCGUAGUCAUCGUCAUCGCGACGUCAUUGUAUGUUCGGUGCCGACGGUGCUAGCACAACCAUUACUACUACACGUGUAGUGUUUCAACAGUGCCCACCACAGUCGUCCGUAAAAUCGUAAUAUCGCCCGCACUCGAUUUAUUAUAAUACUAUUUAAAUAUAUAUAUAAUAUUAUAUAUGUAUGUUUAACGAAAUUAUUGAUAACAACAUCCACUCGUGUACAAAAUAAUAACCAUUAUCGACGGCGGUAUUGCAGCAGCAGUCGAUAACUGUCCGGGAAAAAACCAACACUUAGGUAUUACGGUUACCUAAAGUAGUAUAUACUUGCAAUAGCUUCAGUCGCACGAAAAACGUCCAAUGCUCAUGAUGAACGAUUUCGGGUCGAUGGGCCCGGGCAACAUGAUGCCGCCGUCGUUCAAUCCCAUGUGUCAGGGGCUGUUCGAGCACCAAAUGCCCAAGCCCAGGCUGGCGUUCAAGAUGCCCCGAGUGGUGCCCGACCAGAAGAACAAGUUCCAGACGGACGAUCUGUUCAAACGACUCAGUCGCGAGAGUGACGUGAGGUAUACAAGCUACAGAGACAGGCCUCACGAAGAACGACAAAACCGUUUUCAAAUGGGUUGUCGCGAAGGACACGUGGACAUUGCUUUUGCCACAACGGGGACAAAUCUGCAACUCAUGUUUACUCCGAAUAUGCCGUCGAUGACAUCUUACCACCAACCCACUAUUGGCUAUUGCGAUUUUGAAAAAGAACAAGGAAUGGUCCACAUCCUAUCGCCGUUUAUAAUGAACGGCGUUUGCGUGCAGUGGAAGGGUCGGAUCAAUUUAGAAAAGUUAGACGGCAUUGGAUGUUUGGAAUUCGACGAAGAACGAGCAAUGAUCGAACACCAAAUAUUGCAAGAACAGAUAGAAAGGUACAACAACCGUAUAAAAGAUCACCAGGACAAAUCAAGGGUGUACAGACACCAAGAACGCGUUAACGUACCCGAAAUGGACGUCAACAAGAGAUUUAAUAAUUUUUAAUCCAUUUAUUCAUUUUUGUUUUUAUUUCUUCUUUGUUAUGUAAUCUCGUUGGCAUUAGAUAAACUAAUUUACCUAUUAUUAUUAAUAUUAUUAUUCAAGAGAGUUGUGAACCUCCUAUAUAUUAUUGAUAGUGGAAAUGCCAAAUUAUGUAACCCAUACCAACUAAGUAGAAAUAAUGAUACAGACAUAUUAAUAAAUACAGCGAAACUUCUACAUUACGAAAUUUCAUGGGGACCAAAAACAAUUCGUGUUAUAGAGUUUUUGUUAAAUAGAAUUAAAUAAAUUUGGUUCUAAUUUGGUUUGGUUUCUUAACAAUAUUUCUUUAAACAGAACAUUUUGUUAAAUGAAAUUUCGUUGUAUGGAAGUUUCACAGUACAUAUUUUUUCCCAUGUAUCCUACUCUCAAAUGAUUUUUUGUUGAAAAUUCGAGCAGAAAAAUUUAUUAUUUUUGAAAUUAUUUUUAACAAAACUAUUAACACUUUAGUCACAUCUGUCAAAUUUCGUUUUUGUGGGUUACAUUACUUAGCAUUUCUACCGUCAUUAUAAUUAACGAUUUUGCGAUUUUAUUUUUGUUUGUUUGUUUGUAAUAUAAUAUAUUAUGCAAUAAAAUUAUCCAUUUACGAAA